AUGGCGUCGCCGCCCCCCGUAGAAGACCAAGCUCGUCUGCUCGAAGAUGCCCUCGCCGUGGUGCGCCAGCAGACGAUGCUCAUGCGGCGGUGUCUCGAGACGCCGGGCAAGUUGAUGGAUGCGCUCAAGUGCAGCUCGACACUUGUUUCCGAACUUCGGACCAGCAGCCUCGGCCCGAAGCAGUACUACGAGCUCUACAUGGCCGUCUUCGAUGCCCUGCGCCAUCUCGCUGUCUACCUCCGCGAGAACCACCCCGUAAAUCACCUCGCCGAUCUCUACGAACUCGUCCAGUAUGCCGGAAAUAUCAUCCCCCGCCUGUACCUCAUGGUCACUGUCGGGACCGUCUACAUGGCUAUUGAGGAUGCGCCUGUUAAGGAGAUUAUGAAGGACAUGAUGGAGAUGAGUCGCGGAGUCCAACACCCUAUCCGUGGUCUAUUUUUGCGGUACUACCUUGCGGGUCAAGCACGCGACUGCCUUCCAUCUGGCGACAGCGAGGGGCCCGAGGGCAAUCUCCAGGACUCCAUCAGCUUCAUCUUGACAAACUUCGUCGAGAUGAACAAGCUGUGGGUGCGACUACAACAUCAGGGACAUUCGAGAGAGCGCGAACAGCGUACCAAAGAGCGCCAGGAACUGCAACUUCUCGUGGGAAGUAACCUGGUCAGACUCAGCCAAUUGGUUGACUUGGAGAACUACAAGAAGAUCUUGAACCCGUUGCUAGAGCAGAUUGUACAAUGUCGGGAUGUUCUAGCGCAAGAAUACCUACUGGAGGUUGUCACACAGGUUUUCCCUGACGAAUUCCACCUACACACGCUCGAUCAGUUCCUCUCUGCCGUUGCGCGUUUGAACCCACAUGUAAACGUUAAAGCCAUUGUCGUGGGCCUCAUGGACCGAUUGUCGUCGUAUGCGCAAAGAGAAGCCGAGUCCGAAAGCCCAGAACAGCGCAAGAAGACGGAAGAAGAGUCUAUAGCACAGCUCAUGGAACAAAUGCGGAUAGCAAAGGAGAAGAAGGCGGCCGAACCAGAGCCAGCGCCAGCGCAGCAGAAUGGAGACGCACCAGAGACUUCGGAGACGGAACCAAGCACAGAAGAGGCUUCCGAAGAACCCCCCAAACCAACGGAUACCUCUGCUGAGACUGAAGAAAACCAAGCGACCGAGACAGAUGGUGAUAUCGAGAAGAGGCGCGGUAUACCCAACAACGUCAAGCUGUUCGAGAUCUUUCACGAACAGGUACAGACGCUGGUUAAGAUGCAGCGGUUGCCAAUACAGGACACAAUCGGAUUACUGGUGUCGCUGGCAAACCUCGCCUUAAACAUAUAUCCCGAAAGACUCGAUUACAUUGACCAAGUCCUUACCUUUGCAAACCAAAAGGUCGCCGAAUACCAAAACAGCGCCGACCUACACUCACAAGCCACCCAAAGCCAGAUCCUCAGCCUCCUCCUUUCGCCGAUCAAGACCUACAUCUCUCUCUUCACCGCGCUCGCGUUACCGAACUUCAUCCCUCUUCUACAUUCACAACCGUACCCGACUCGGAGAGCAGUUGCUGGCGAAGUCGCAAGGAGUCUGAUGCGGAAUCAGACCUUCAUUGCAUCUGUAGAGAAUCUCGAAAGUGUGCUGGAGAUUCUCAAGGUCCUCAUUCGCGAAGGCAUCCAACAAGCCCAAGGAUACCCAGGUGGACCAAUCCAAAGACGAGCACAGGAGACAGAAGAGACAAUAGAAGAGCAAGGAUGGCUAGCGCGGAUAGUACAUCUCAUCCGUGGCAAGGACAACGAUACCCAAUUCAAGCUCCUCCAAGCUGCGCGCAAGUCUUUUGCCGAAGGCAACGAGCGUGUCAAAUACACAUCCCCGGCCAUUAUCACAGCAUCACUCAAGCUCGCACGUCAAUACAAGAAGCGCGAACAUUUCGAAGACAACUGGCAAUCGCAGUCAUCAGCUCUUUACAAGUUCAUGCACAAUACCCUAUCGACACUGUACACCCGCGUUACAGGUUCCGCAGAUCUCUCGCUCCGCCUCUUCAUCGCCUGCGGUCAAGUAGCAGACCAGAACGGUUUUGAAGAGGUCGCGUACGAGUUCUUCGCGCAAGCAUUUACAAUAUAUGAGGAAGCGAUUAGUGAUUCAAGAGCGCAGUUCCAGGCUGUGUGCGUCAUUGCGAGUGGCCUACACACAACGAGGAACUUUGGCAAGGAGAACUACGACACCUUGAUUACAAAGUGCGCGUUGCAUGGAAGCAAGCUACUCAAGAAGCCAGAUCAAUGUCGUGCGGUAUACCUUGCAAGUCACCUGUGGUGGGCGACUGAGAUCAGGGCGUUGGGCGAAGAGGAUCCAAAGAACCUCUAUCGCGAUGGCAAGCGUGUGCUUGAGUGCUUACAGCGUGCUCUCCGCGUGGCCGAUGCAUGCAUGGACGCUGCGGUCUCUGUUGAGCUGUUUGUUGAGAUACUCAACAGAUAUGUCUACUACUUCGACCAAGAGAACGACGCUGUCACAACGAAGUACCUCAACGGCCUCAUCGAGCUCAUCCACUCAAACUUACAAUCCAACGAGAAUGCUUCCUCGCUUGAGAACCCAAGGAAACACUUUCAGCGUACUCUGGAUUACAUAGCGAGUCGAGAGUACGAAGGCGUGGUCACGGCACCGAAGUAA